CCGAAGCAGGACCUCUGCUCGGCGAAGUCCUCCUCGUGUUCUCUAUCGACUCAAUUUUUCGUUCAACCUAUACACGUUUGCCAUUCCUCCCGGUGUUCGCCAAUUGUCGUGCGUCGUGCCGUAUCGUGAGAUCGUAGAUCAUAGAUACAGAUCGUAGAUCGUGAAUCGUUUAGUGAUUAAACGAGCCACCGGGUGUCGAACGGAUUCUUUCGCGUCUCGCUGACUGAUUUCGGUGAUCGACAGUGCACUGAGAUUUCGGGGGAUGCUUUAAGGGUGCUACCACCCUCCGACAGUGUCAAGAAAGCAUUGCGAAGAAGAAGGUGUCGGAGAUGAUUCCUGCGCGAGGAUUAAUCUUCGUCGCCCUGGGCGCUUGUUUCCUGGCCGCUAUUAUCGAGGUGAGCGAGUGCAGGCCUCGCAUCAGGCACCAAAAAGGCGGGACCCAUUGCAGCAGAUGCGGUCCAGGCUGGGGCGUGGUGAACCGAUGCGUCCGCGGAAGAGACACAGAAUGCGGCAAAUGCUCUCCGGGCACCUACAGUCCUCACCACAGCAUCCAGCCGUGCUGGAUCUGCUCGAGAUGCGGCCCGGGACUGUACGAAGCGCAUCCUUGCACCUCAAAGACGGACACCGUUUGCGAUUCCUGUCACAGACCGGCUCCGGACAACUUGGACUACCAAAGGAAGUGCAAGGGCCGAGCUAAUCCGUUCUUGGCACCGGAGGACGCCCAGGAUACCGGCGAGGAGAGCGUUCUGGUGAACGAUCCUGAAGGCCAGGACCUUGUGGACGACGGCAAGGAGAUAUUGGAGAAGGACGCAGAAGCGGCUGUCAUCGGCGAGCUGAACUCAUUGGAGAGGCACUAGAAGCUAGGCUGCUGAGCAGUUGCUAAACUCUGCUUUUAACUUGAUCAGCAGAGUCUAAACGAGGCGGCAGAAAAGGUUCCUACGGUGUUACUCGAGUGCGCGAGAAGCAGCGGGCGAUGAGCGGACGGGGAGCCACGGCAGGGGUGUUGCACCCUCGCAGUGCCUGCUGCAGGCGUUGAUGCGCUUUCAGGAGGAAAUUGGAACGCGUCGCAGCUCCCCAAAAGAGGGAUCCCGCGGGACCCGAGAUCAGGAUCUCUCUGGAUGAAAGUCUGACGCCCGGGGAACCGUUCACGGAUAUAUCGAAUGCGAUCGCGACCAUGGAUCGCGGCGCGGUCCUCUCGAUUACGGGGCGUUUCCGUCGCAGCAUGGCGCAGCUGAUGGGGUUUUUGGAUCGUCGACGGGCCGGCGAGCGCUUUUAAGAAUUCAUGGGAACGUCGCGGAUGGAAACAGCCCUCCGGAAUCGGUUCGCGUUUUAACAUUUCAACGGAAGGAAGAUUGGACGAGCUCUCUCGCGCGCUUCUUUCGGAUUCAUAGAGCGCGCGGAUCGUGUGGAUAAUUGGCGUGAAAUAUGGAUCGCCAGGCUAAUCACUGUCCCAGAGAUGCUCGAAGAAAGUUCGACCGAGAGGAGGCUACUUUCGCGGGGAAGGGCUUUGGGAAUUGUCUUCGCCGAUUUUCGCUUCGUUGUAGGUUCGAGGAACUGUUUUAGAAGUACUUAACUCUGGUGCUCGUUCUAGAGAUGCGCGCACGAGGGAUCCUAAGUCCGAAGACGCGAUCGCGAAUGGCUAAUGAAUUGAAGGAUGAUCGGUUUGCCGUUAAAUAUUCGUUUGGAAAGGUGUUCUUGUAUUAUGUUAGGCGAGAUCAUUUGUUGAGAUUAUAUUACUCAAGAUAUACAGUAAAUUCUAUCUAAUUGUCGCUCAGGGUGUGCAUAAAGGUAAACAAUUUGGGAAGAGGAG